AGUCUGAGCGCCGAACCUCAGCUUCGUCUAUCCGAACCCAGGUACGGACCUCUCAAAGCCUCUCUCUCGAAAAAGCCAAGCACCGUCGAGAAUAAUGGAACCAAAGUAAGAGAGAGAGAGAGAGAGAGAGAGAGUGAGUUGUAGGGAGAGAAAGUGUUGGAGAGAGAGAGAAAGAUGGGUCAGAUCGUGAAGAGGAAGAAGAAGGGGAGGCCGUCGAAGGCAGAUCUGGCGCGCCGAGCUGAGGAGGUGGCGGCGGCGGAGAUGGACCUGAGGCGGAGCCUCCGGCGCCGGAAUGUGAGGUACAACAUAGACUACGACGAUUACCUGGACGAGGAGGACGAGGAGGACGAGGAGGACGAGAGGAGGAGGGAGAGGAAGCUCAAGCUGUUGAUGAAGCUCAACCAGGGGAGCGAGCUGCCGGCGCCGGCACCGAGCCGCGCCCGCUCGGAGUCGCGUGAUGGGCACGCGUCGGAGGAUGAGUGCGAGCGGAAGCCGCUGAAAAAGAGGAGGAUCGGCAACGGUCGCGAUGACGACGAUGAGGAACAAGAAGAAGACGAUGAUGAUGACCAUGGUGGUGUUGGUGUUGAGGAUGAGGAGGAAAGGGGGAGAAAGGUGGACUCCAAGGGGCUCGAUUCUGCUCCAGGGACGCCGUCGAAUGAUCCGUCUGGGGUUCCAUUGCCUGAUAAGAAGACACUGGAGUUGAUCCUUGACAAGCUUCAGAAGAAGGACACGUACGGUGUUUAUGCAGAGCCGGUUGAUCCUGAGGAGCUUCCGGAUUAUCACGAUGUGAUUGAGCAUCCGAUGGACUUUGCCACGGUGAGGAAGAAGUUAGCAAAUGGAUCGUAUACUACCUUGGAACUGUUUGAGAGUGAUAUUUUCUUAAUUUGCUCAAAUGCAAUGCAAUACAAUGCACCAGACACCAUAUACCAUAAACAGGCCCGUUCCAUACAAGAGUUGGCAACAAAGAAAUUCGAGAGGUUAAGGAGUGAAUUUGAACGCUCUGAGAAAGAGUUGAAGUCUGAUCAGAAAACAAGAUCCAAUUCCUUAAUCAAGAAGCCAGUAAAGAAGCCAUUCUGCCGGACCUCGCAGGAGCCUGUUGGCUCUGAUUUCUCCACUGGUGCCACUCUUGCCACCAUUGGAGAUGUUCAGAACAGUACCAACCUGAACCAAGGUGGUGGUUGUGAGAGGCCUAGUAACAUUGAUGGUGUUGUAGAGGGUAAUCCUUCCCUAAUUGAUACUAAUCUUGAGAAGGCAGAAGAGCUAUCAUCAGGGAAGGGUCUGCUUUCUAGAUUGGGAAGAAAGCAAUUUGUGUUUGAUGAUAACCGCCGUGCAACAUAUAACAUUUCCAAUCAUCCAGUUGUUAGAUCAGAUUCAAUACUUACAACCUUUGAGGCAGAAAUUAAGCAGCUGGUUGCUGUUGGGCUUCAUGCAGAAUAUUCUUAUGCUAGGAGUCUUGCUCGUUUUGCUGCAACUCUUGGACCUAUUGCAUGGAAAGUUGCCUCCCAGAGAAUUGAAAAUGCAUUACCCACUGGGUGUAAAUUUGGUCGUGGUUGGGUUGGAGAGUACGAGCCACUUCCAACUCCUGUACUAAUGCUUGAGAACCAUGCCCAGAAAGAACCUGGUUUAGUUCCAAAGUUGCAGUCUAAUGCUGAAUUGAGAAAAGAUGACAAAACUAAGACUCCUGUUCCUGCUAAGGAGCAUCCUGUAAGUGGGCCUACUUCAGAGGGGAAACAAUCUUUGUUUGGUCCAGCCAGUGCUCAUACUUCAGAAGGGAAAUUAUCUGUGCCUGGUUCUGCUGGAAUAAAGCCCAGUACUCCUGAUAAUGCCAUUUACCAGAAGCAAAAUCCCCAAUCUAGGAAUUUUGCCAAGCCUGAGAAUAAGGUUAUAAAGCAAUUUGAAUUGAAUUCCUUGCCCUCUGUGCAGCAAAAUAAUGCUGAGCUUAUUGCUGAAAAGCAGUUUUCAAGCAAUUCAGAAAUGGCGGGCUCAAGGUCCAAAGAGCCGAUCUCAAGAAACAUAAAUCUUUCUCAGCCUGUGCCUUUGAAGCAGCCUGAUACUGAUGGAGUUGCUACUGGAGGGUUGCCUAAUGGAAAAGUCAGCAACAAUGGUUUUAAUAACAGGAUGAGUAGUCCAUCUUCUGAGACUGUUCCAAAUCACAUGGCUAGAGGUUACUUUCCCCGUGGACAGGAGCAGGUCCUUACUGACCCAGUUCAGUUGAUGAGAAUUUUGACUGAAAGAGCUCAGAAGCAGCAGAAAUCUUCAAAUCAGUCUCCAGUUGAAACCCCACAGGUCAUGUCCUCUGUUCCAUCUGUAAGGAGAGAGGACACGAACAAUGCUGCCGCAGCUGCUGCCCGUGCGUGGAUGUCCAUAGGGGCUGGAGGGUUUAAACAAGCAACAGAAACUUCCAGCUUGCCCAAAACUCAGAUUUCUGCAGAUCCAUCAUACAAUCCAACUCGGGAAUUUCGUCCACAAAUUUCUCAAGUGAGGGGAGAGUUUCCGCUUUCUGUGGGGAUGCAAUCUCAGUCUGAGAAGAACAGUUUUCCACUUCAGGCGUUUGUACCACAACCUGUUCGGGUGGGCAAUGAAGCACAAUUCCAAAACCGACCCAUGGCUUUUCCUCAAUUAGCACCGGCUGACUUGUCUAGGUUUCAGGUUCAGUACCCUUGGCGAGGUCUCAGUCCUCGCGCCCAACCUAGGGCUAAGCAGGAAACUCUUCCUCCCGACUUGAAUAUCGGUUUCCAGUCUCCGGGGUCUCCUGUGAGACCAUCCUCUGGCGUUCUUGUUGAUUCCCAGCAGCCAGAUCUGGCUUUGCAACUCUGAUUGAGGAUGGACUUUCUGAGGAAUCAGACAGAUAGGGAAGAGAGUGGAGGUCAAUUUGGCUCCUGUCUCAGCGACAUGGGUUUUGUUUGAUCUCUCCCCCCGCCUUAGUUGCAUGGAAUGUGCAAAUACCAUUGGUUUGAAAUGACUGAUUAUCUGGGUUUCAUAAUGCCAUUUGUUGAAAAUACUGUAUUCCCAGUGUUGGAUUCAGGAAUUGAGAUGUCUUACAUCAUUUUACUCUCUUGACUGGGGUUUGCUCAUACAGAGAAGAUUUUGUUCAGUCAGGUGAGUUAGCUUGAGAUGAGAUUAUUCUAGUGGAUUUGAGGAAAGAAUUCAGCCACUUUGUUAUUUUCUAAAUGAGGAUUAUUGACUUGCAGCAGCAGAGUUAUAUCAUAUAUCAGGGAGCAAUAACAUUUGAAAAUUUCGGCAGAAGGAUGAUUGAUUUUAUGAAUGUUACCAAUUGCUUAGAAGUUCCAAGUCUUGACGGAAAAUGCAUAACAUGUAGUGAUGCCUUGUACAUUAGUUACAGGUGGAUGAGAAUUAGUUGUUAGCCUCUAUGUAAUUCCAUUUUUAAUGCCAGUUGAUACUGCCAAUAUUAUUAUGUAAAUGAGAAUUUAUAAUCUCUGAAAUGGAAAUUUUCUAAUGUUAUCUUC